AUUUGUGGGUGUAACUGCAAAAGCUGUAGUGCUGUAUAGCGUCUGCAGUAGUAAUAUCCAAGGAUAGUUGAAUGUAUUAUCCGUUUAUUUUUUUGUUAUGCUUGCACUAAAUUAUAAUAAUAUGUAAUUUAAAUUGAUGUUUUUCUAAAUUUAAAUAUUGUCACCACUAAUUAUGUUUACUUCGGCGUCCGACUUCAGUCCUAUCACAGUCAUAUAAGUAAGUGAAUGGAGCUAAAAAUCAAUGUAUUAAAACAAUUUACGGGUUUUAUCUAGGUGUUAAUAAAAAGUAGACUAUAAAGGGAUAAAAUUGAUUUUUUUUUUUUAAUGUGCUAACAGUUUGGGUUACCUAAACUCAACCAAACCUUAGUAGAAUGAAGUACGUGACCUAAACACUUCGAAUUCAGAUUAUAUUUUUUUUUUUCUGGCCAAAUGUUCACGUCUUAAAAUUUAACUAUUGUUAGAUUGAUUUAAAAUGCUAUAGGGGUAGGGAUGAUUCAUUCAUAAUAUUUAUGAGACACUGGAGAUUAUUACACAUGUAUCCUUCAACUGUAAUUAAAUGUUAAAUGCAUUCUAAAUCACAAAAGCCAAAAGCCAAUGUAGUAUAGCUAAGGUCCUAUUGACCUGUUACAAUAAUGAUUCUUGUUGUUGGUAACCGUGUACUGUUCAUUCUUGCUUAUAAUAAUUUUUGCUAUUUUAUUUUUAACAUUCUUUAAACUGUCACAUAGUAAUAUUUCGAAAAUUAUUUUUAGUAUAUAGGUAAGUAUAUGUAAGUAGGUAUAUUUUAAUUACUUUAUUAUUAAUUUAUUCAUAACAUUUAUAUUAAUUUGAUCAUAAAUUGUAAGAACAUAUAACAUUUGCAUGAUAUAAAUGUAGGUAGUUUUUGAUUUGUGUUUGGUGAUUAAUGACUUAAUGUGUAGUCCAAUUUAGAUAAGUAUAAUUUAUUAUUUCCAAAACUAUUUAUAUAAUUUUAAACAUUUUAACUUUUUUACCUAAAAUAAGACCUCAAUAAUGAAUAAAUAAAAGAAAUGUAUUCAAAUUAUUGAUAGACAAAAUCUUAUAAUUUUUUUUAUUGUAGUUUCUAAGAAGAUGAAUACAAAUUCAAAUUUCCAUAAUAGAUUGCAUGAAAGUAUUUUUUAAAAAAUAUCUCAACUGAAUUUUUAAUAAUUAGGUUAUUAUUUCCAUAUAAUAUAAUAUGGAACUAGUAGGUAUUAUUAUUAAGUUUAUCAUAUUUAAUUGAAAAUCAAUUUAGUUUUAAACAUAUAGGUACUUAAAGAAAAUGUUAGCUAUUAUUUGUAAUAAAGUUGUCAACUUAAAUUUAAAAAAUUGAUUUAUAAACUAAUACAAAUUAAAUAGGUAAUUAUAAUUGUAGGUAUUAUUACAAUUUAUCUGUCUAAACUAUUUUGUAAUUAUUAAAAAAAUAAUUUGUUUAUGUAUUGUUAUUUCAUAUAAAUAAUUUGAUAAACAUUUUAUCUAAAAUAGUAUUAUGAACACUGCUAUGCUUAGUUCAGUAUUUAUGUAUUCAUAAUCUGUGUAUGUAUAAUUAAUAUUUAAUGUAAGUAUAACUAAAAGUAAACAAUUUUCUGAUAUUUUAUUUUUUCUUAUAUUUAUCUAAAUAUUUUUAAAUAACAUUCUAAAUACAAAAUAUGUUAAAAUGUAUUGCAGAUAUAUUAGAAAUUAAACAGUUAACCUUUUUUUUUUUUUUUUUUGUCAAGCAGUGUUAAAAGAAUUUUUAUUUAUCUUCAGUCAACAUUUUUUUAUUAAACAUUUGAUUCUUUUUUUAUUUGUUAGUUACUGUAGAUUAUUCUAUAUCUACUGCGUACUAUUAUUUGGUUCUGUAUGUUAUCUACCAGUUAUUUUUUUUAUUUUUAAAAAUAAUAAUAGUAAUUUUAAAAGCAAAAAUUAAUUAGUAAAGUGGCAGUCUCCAUUAAGGUAAAUUACGUUCUAUGACAAAUAAUGCAUUUUAAACUUUAUUUUGUUUUAUAUUUUUAAAGCAUUUACAUCUCAGCCCUAUUUAUAGAUAUUAUAAAAUCUAACUUAAAAUGUUUGUACUUUUAUUAUUUAAACUAUAUCAGAUUUUUUUCACAAGUAUACUCAUUAAUCAUUUCAUUUAUUCUAGGUAUUUCUAGCAAAUAUAAUUGUGUUUGUAAUCUAACAUUGUUAUUUUCAAUGUUUUAGUAUGAACCAUAUUAUUUUCUGUUGAAAAAAUUAGAUAUGUCACAAACUUUAAGUACUUUUCUAGUUAUAAAAUGAUUCAUUUUAAUUUCUUUAUCAUGUCUUAUAGUAUUAUAUUUAUACAUACAUGUAAUUUGUAUUAAUAAUUAUAACUAAAAUUAUACUGUGGAGUUUAAUAGCAUUGAAGAUGUAGAUAACCUUUUACAAUUACUGCGAGUUCCUAAGUACAUCAAUAUAUAUAAAAAAAAAAAUGUUAUUAACUGUAAUGUAUUUAUAAUUAUUUUUAAGAACAUAAAAUAUUUACAUUUAAAUUUAUUGUUAUGUAUUCAAAAUAAGAAUAUAUUAUUAUUUUAGCUUUUGGUCAAUUUAUUGGAAUUAAAAUACAUUAAAAUGUAUAGAACUUCCCAACAUUUGCUGUAUUCAGGAGGAUUAUUGUUCCUUUUUCUUGUAACAACUACAUCUAUAAGUAAGUAUUUUCUUAUUAAUAUAAGUAUUAUUAGUAUAAGUAUACAUAACUAUAUGUAUACAUACUUUUGAAUUACUUAGUACACUAUUACUAGUACUACUAGUUUAUAAUCACAAAUCUUUAACAUUUGUUUGAUUUGUAAAUAAAUACAGUUUAUUACCCUUUUAUUUAAAAAAAAAAAAUGUAUAAUAUUUGUAUUAUUAUUAUACUCAAAUCGUUCUAGUUCAAUCUCCACCGAGGAUUGUUAAAGAAUCACCUGAUGAACUAUUAUUCCAAGUAGCUACUCAACAGAAUGAAAAUGAUAAACCAUUUGUAAUUGAAUGUGAAGCAGAAGGAGAACCUGCUCCAAAGUACUACUAUUAUUAAUUUAAUUAUUUACAAUUUGUUUUUAAAUUGAUUAAUUGUGUUCAAAGGUAUCGAUGGAUGAAAAAUGGUAAGAACUUUGAUUGGCAAGCUUAUGAUGAUAGAAUAGCUCAACAACCUGGCCGUGGUUCACUUACUGUUACUAAACCUAGAAAUGAAGAUCUUGGUAUGUUUGUGGAAUAAUAAUUUACUAAUCUUUUUAAAAGAACAAAACUUAAGUUAAAUGUUUGUUAUAUAUGUACAUAUAUAGGUCAAUAUCAAUGUUUUGCUGAAAACUCGUGGGGUACAGCUACUUCUAAAUCUGUUAUGGUUAUGAGAGCUGAAUUAAAUUCAUUUAAAAAUGAGCCAGAAGCUUAUAUUGAAGCUCAAGAAGGGGAACCAUUUAAAUUGGUUUGCCAUCCUCCAACCGGGUGGCCUAAACCAAAUGUCUAUUGGCUAAUACAAGUAAACACUUUAUAUUAUUCAUCUAUACAUAGGAUAAUUAUGUCAUAAUUAAUAUAUUUUGUGUGUCUAUUAGAAUACAGAUGGCGGUAUAAAAAGUAUCAACAAUAGUAGAAUGACAUUAGAUCCUGAAGGAAAUCUUUGGUUUUCUAAUGUGACAAGAUAUGAUACUAGCGAUGGUUUUACGUACUCGUGUGCUGCUACAUCUUUAUUCAGGUAUUUAUAAUUUUACUAUAUAACUUAUGAAAACACAAAUAAAUUGUAUCAUUGUAAUUAAUAUCAUUUUUAGGAGUGAAUAUAAGUUGGGUAAUCCAGUGAAUUUAAAUGUUAUUCAAACUGCAGGUACAGCUUUACAGAAUAAAUACCCUCCUACUCAACAAUAUGUAACUAGAAGAAAGGAAGUAGCUUUACUUAAUAAAAGAGCAGAAUUGUUUUGUAUUUAUGGUGGAACGUACGUAAUAUUAUUUUUAAUUUCUAUUAAUUUUAUUAUACCAAAGUUUAUUAAUAUAAACUUUGGUAUAAGGAAUAUGCUGGAUCUGGUUUUCGGUUUUUAUAGGUUCUUAAGAAACCAUUCAUUUUUGGUUUUAGUACAUUUAUUGGUCCCAGUUCUUAUUUAAUUUUUUUUUUUAAUAAUAUUAUUAUUAAGAUUUUUUUAAUAUUAUACUUUUUAGUAAAUGUCAGUGUUAAUUCAUAAUAAUAAUACAUAUUUAUGUAAAUGAUCUUUAUUACUUUAAUAACACUGAUAACUGAUAAUUAGUAAAAAAAAUAUCUGUUAUUGUAUGAAUUUUAUGAAUAAAGUAUGUUUAAAAUUCUUAGUUUACUUUUUACGUCAUUACAAUUUGUUUUUCUGUUCUUAUUUUAUUUAUGAAAAAAUACUCUAAUAAUUAAAUAGUUCUUUAAUUAUUCCCACACUUAAAAAAAAAGAACCCUUGUUAGUAUCGAGAACCAAAUGAAAAGAUUUAGGCCAUCCCAUCCUUUAUUAAUAUAUUUUACAUAAAACUUACAGACCAAUACCUGAAACUGUUUGGCUAAAAGAUGGAGCACAUAUUCAACCUAAUGAGAGAGUGAGUCAAGGAAAUUAUGGUAAAAGUUUAGUCAUUCGAAAAGUUUUAUUUGAAGAUAAAGGAAUGUACACGUGUGAAGUUAGCAAUGGUGUUGGCUCACCUCAAUCAUAUAAUAUUGAGCUUGAUGUUAAUGGUAUAAUAUUACGAUAUUAAGAUAUUUGCAGUUUUUUUUUUUUGUUUUUUAAAUAAUUAUACUUAUUCAUUUAAUAGCUGUACCAUAUUUCACCAUUACUCCACAAAUUGUGGAAGGAGCUGAAGGAGAAACCGCAGUUAUAAAAUGUGAAGCAAGUGGUAACCCAGAACCAACUAUUAAAUGGAUUCAUAAUGGUCGACCAUUAAGUGAAGCAAUACCAAAUGUUAGACGGUCAGUUACUUCUAACUCCAUUACAAUUACACCAUUGACUAAAAAUGAUACAGGAAACUAUGGUUGUAAUGCAACCAACAGUCUUGGAUAUGUAUACAAAGACGUGUAUAUUAAUGUAUUGGGUAUGGUUUGAAUAAAUAUUAUUAUGUAUUAUAUUAUUAAUGUCUAAUAUCACACUUUUAGCUUUGGCACCUGAAAUUACUGAACCUCCUCAUAAUGUUGAAACUGUUGAUGGACGUGCUAUUACUAUUGGAUGCAAAAAUUUUGGUGUGCCAAAACCACAUGUUAAAUGGACAAAAAACAAUAUUGAAUUAACAGGAGGCCGUUAUACAACAUUGGAUAGUGGAGAUUUACAAAUUAGGUUAGUUUUAUUAGACAUAUUUUAUUUUAAUCUAUAAUGUCUGUAUGUUUAAGUAUCUAGGAUACUUUCAAUUAUUUUAUAAAUAAGCUUUGCACAUUGUAUAUUUCAACAUAAAUGUAAAAUAACUGAAUUAAUUUCAAUCAAAUAUAGUACUCAUAAUUUAUUAUGUAUUAUAAUCUGGGAAAAAUACUGUAAUAUUAUUAAAUGUUAGAGGGAUGCUUACAUUUACAUUUUUGACAUCUAAUUGAAGAUUAAAAUAAAUUAACACUUCUCUAUUCACUUAAUUAAAGAACUAUUAGCUCAUUUUAAAACUGUAUUUAAAUUAAAAUCUAUUUCAUGGAAAUUGUAUAUAGGUAUAUUAAAAAGAAAAAAUUAAAAUUAUUAACAUUUUUUAGUGAAGUUGGAUUUACUGAUGCUGGAAACUAUACUUGCAUUGCCACAAAUAAUUAUGGAACUGCUAAUGCAUCUGGUACUCUUAAUGUUAAAGGUAACCAUUGAAUUUUAAAUUUAAAUUUGUUCAUAUUUAAAUUUAAAUUUUUGUUUAGAACAUACUAAAAUCACAGCAGCACCAGAAGACUAUGAGGUGGUUGCUGGAUCAAUGGCCACAUUUCAUUGUACAGCUACUGCCGAUCGUUCUUUAAAUCUAAACAUUGAUUGGUUGGCCAAAGAUGAACCUAUUAAUUUUGAUUCUGAACCUCGAUUUGUCAAAACUAAUGAUUAUUCUAUGACUAUUACAAAGACUAUAGAGUUGGACUCUGGAACAUACACAUGUUUUGCUAGAACAGAGUUGGAUCAAGCAAUGGCUAAUGCAACACUUAUUGUUCAAGUAUAAAUCAUAAUUUAUUAUUUAAAGAUAUUAGUUCAUUUGUUUAUUAUUUAUAAUUUAUAUUAUUGUUUAUAAAUAAUUUUAGGAUAAACCAAAUCCACCACAGUUACUAGGAAUCACAUGUAAUAAAAAAGAUGCUGCUGUAAAAUGGCAACCGAAAGGAGAUAAUCGUGCACCUAUUCUGCACUACAUUGUUGAAUACAACACAAGUUUUGCCCCUGAUACUUGGUCUGUGGCAUCAAAAGAUGUACCGGCUAAUGAACAAACAUAUAUUGUGCCAAUGACACCAUGGGCAAAUUUUACAUUCAGAGUGAUUGCAACAAACAAAAUUGGUAGAUCAAACCCAUCUUUACAUUCAAGUGUUUGUACCACACAACCAGAUGUGCCUUAUAAAAAUCCUGAAAAUGUUGAAGCUGCUGGUACUGAACCAUCCAAUCUUGUUAUUAGAUGGACAGUAAGUGAUAUUUAUUGUUUAAAUUUAUUUUUUAUUGAUAUUUAACAAUUAAAUGUAAAAAUAUUUAGCCAAUGCCAAAAAUUGAACAUAACGCCCCUGGCUUAAGAUACAGAGUUUAUUGGAAACAAGCUAUACCUGGCCAAGUAUGGAAUUCUGAUGAAAUAACAGAUUAUACUGUAAAAGAAUUUGUUAUAAAUAAUCAGCCUACAUACCAACGUUAUAAAGUAAAAGUAGUUGCAUCUAAUGAAAAAGGUGAAUCCAACGUAGCUCAAAGAGAAGUUAUUGGAUAUUCAGGCGAAGAUGGUAAAUUAAAAAUCAUUUUUUUAUAUUUAACGAUUAUAAUCAUAAUUGUAAAUUAUUACAGUCCCUGUUGAAGUCCCCCAAAACUUAACUGUUUUGAAUGUUACUGGAAGUAGAAGUGCAGAACUGAGUUGGGAACCAGUUACGCCUGAAUCUGUAAAAGGAAACUUUAAAGGCUAUAAAGUAAAUUUAUUUAUUUAUUAAAAAUAGCAAACACAUUUAAUUUAAUUCAAUAUUUAAACUAGAUCCAAUUUUGGACUGAAAAAGACGGUGAAAAUAAUAUGAUUGAAGAACAAGUUAGUUCAGAUAUAACAAGAACGGAAAUUACUAAGUUUGUACCUAAUUCCAAACAUUUUGUGCGAAUUCUUGCACAUAACAACCGUUUUAAUGGACCAGCUAGUGAACCAAUAACUUUGGUUACUCCUGAAGGAGGUAUAAUUUUGUAAUUAUUCUAUUUAAAAUAGUUACAUUUUAUCAAAAUGCUUAAUUUAAGUUAUUUUCUAAAAUGUUAAAAAUUAUAAUUAUUUAAGUUACACAAAGUUAAAGUUUUAAAAAUAUUAGCUAUUUAAUAUUAAGUCUAUUGGAAUCUUUUGGUUUUAAUUACUAUAUAAUUUUAGAUUUACGGUUUUUUAAAAUUUAAAAACAAUUUAAUCUCAUUUCAACAAUGUGAAGUUUAAAUGAAUUAUAAUUAAUAUGAAGCAAAAUCUGAAACUAUCAUAAUAUUAUUAAAUAUUUAAAUAAAUCCUAACAAUUAGAGUUGAUUCAAAAAUCACUGUUAAUUAUAAAUGUAUACAGUAGUAUUUAAAACCUUCCUAAUUUUUUUACUUCCAAAAGUUCUUUUUUCAAAUUCAUUUUUCCUACAAAUUUAUUUUUUCAAUUUAUUAUUCAAAUAUUAAUGUAAUAAAAAGUUUUUAAAUUGUGCUUUGUAAGUCAAAUAAUUUUAUUUUAGAUGUGAAGCAAGAAAUUUAUUAAUCUUACUAAGAUGUGAAGUUUAUUUUUUUUUUCUCUCUAAAUAACUUUUCUCUUAAAAAUUUUGCUCCAAUUAAAAUAUGACAAAAUACUUUUUUGUUAUAUUUUGGUAGUUUAGAAAGAUUAUUUUUUUUGAAAUUCUCAUUAAUAUUCAAGAGAAUAAAGAAAGCUUAAGUUAAUAAAGAUUAAUAAUCAUCUUUCUCAUUGGCAAUCGUUUUUAUUUAUUUAUUAUUAUUACAUAAUAUUUUUUAAACAAUAGCUGUGAAAACGCACAACAUUGAAAAAGCAAUACUAAUGACUGAGCAGCUCCACUCAUAAUCAUUUUUCAUUAGUUUCAAUUGUGUACAGAUAUAAAUUAAAUUAAAUUUUCCUCUAUUUCUCUAAGGUGAGAAUCUUCCCAACUUUCCACCUACAAUAGUAGUUGUACCCAUCCCCAGUAUCGGCUCUUUUUUUUUUUUAUUGUUUAUUCAAAAUAUCUUUUCAUGUGGCAACAUUGAAUAAAAUAAAGAAAUACGAUUAUGAAAUGAGUUUGAAUUGAAAUUAAUUAUUUUUUAUUUUGAAUUUGAUAAUAUAUACUUCUAAAAUAAGUGGAAAAUAUAUUAGAUUACACAGUCUUUAAACUAUUAAAUAUUUAUUGAGAAACUAAUUAAAUCAUAAAUACAACUAAAUGCUUUUAGGAAUGUUAAAUAAAAUAAUACAAAUAUUAUUUUAUUAUUAUAAGUUCAAAAUUACAAGUAAUUGAUAAUGUUAAACUAGAAUAACAUUAAAUUUUUAUUUCAGAAAUACUUAGCACACAUUUUUAUUAUUGAAUAUUAUCAUUUUUAUGGUUUUUGUACAACUAAUAAAAAUUUUAAAAAAAAGUACAAAAGGUAAUAUUAAAUUUGUGUUUAGUCCCAGGCCCUGUUCAUGGAGUUGAUGCACAGCUUUGGGGCUCAUCGGCUAUUUUGUUAAGUUGGCAGCCACCUGAACAAACAAAUGGAGUAUUAACUGGUUAUGAGAUUUCUUACCAAUCUAUGACUCAAGAGGGAGUUGGUGAAAUGACUCAACGCCCAUCUAUUAAAGAUCCUAAACAAACUAAUGCCAAAUUAGCUGCACUAAAACCCGGAACAAAUUAUAGAAUAAAUAUUAAAGCAACUACCCGUGCUGGUACUGGUGAACCGUAUGUAUACAUUUUAUUUAUACUUCAUAGUACCUUUAAACAUUAUGUUUAAGGUAAUUAAAUUAAUCUUUUACUUAUAGGUUUUUCAUUGAACGGCAAACUAAACCAUCUUUACCAGAAGGAACACUACUAGAUAAACCUGAUUUUUCUACUGACCAUAUACCUAAUAAUACUACUUUUGAUACAGUUCGCGUAACAUGGAAACCAAAACUUGAUUCUAACCCUGGAUCACAUUUCUUUGUUAAAUACAAGUAAAAAUAUUUAAUUACAAUAGCAAUAAUCAUGUCCUUUAAAUUAAUUUUUUUUUGAGUUAUUUGGUCACUGUUCCUUCCUCUCUUCCAGCUCUGACAUUUUUUCUAAAAUUUAAUUUGCAUUAAUUAAUCUAUAUCUAUGUAAUAUAUUAAUUAUGUUAAAUUAAUAAAUUAUAGGCUCAAAGGCAGUAACUUGUAUGAAUCAACUAAACCUGAAUAUGAUAAAAAUUUUAUUGACGUAAGUGGUUUGGUAUCAGGAGAACUGUAUGAAUUUGUUGUAGUAGCACAGGAUGGUGAGAUUAUAAGAGAGUCAGAUAUUGCUGAAAUUGAAGCUUCAAGCUCAGGUGAGUUUUAAAAUAUUUUUUAAUAAUAAUAUUCUUCAUGGUUUUUUUUUAUAAAUGAUUUAAAAUUAUUAUUUCUUGUAAGUUAUAACUUACCCACAUAGCCUAACCAGACUUCAGAUGUCCUUUUACUUAUCUGUGAGCCGAUAUAAUUUUGCAAUAAAUGCCUUCAUAAUAUUAGAAUGGUGUCUUUAGUUAACACUAACUAUUUUUAUUUGUACCAUGUCCAUAUUUUAUUGUGCUGUUAAUUCUGUUAUGUUUUAUUUAUUUCUAAAAAAAAAAAAAAAAGCCAUAAGGUGUUAAUUCAUAAAUAAAUAAUAAUUAUAAUAAAAGGAAUAAAUCAAAAUAUCAACUUUUAAAUUUGUUCUGUUUAUAAUUUAUUAUUUAUAACUUAAUUAAACAGUCUUAAUUUUUUUUUUAGAGUAUAGUACUAAACAACAAAUAUUAUUUAUAAUAUAUUUUAUUACUCUGUAUUAGUUUUAAAAUGAACCAAAAAAUGUAUGUACUUGUCCUUUUUAAAAAUAUACACUUGAUUUUAAUAGACAUAAUUAUGGUCUAAUCUUCUUUCGUAAAACGGUUUUCUGUAUAUCAUAAUAAUAUUAAUAAUAAAUAUAGAAAUAUUAUAAUUAUAAUUUAAACAGUAAUUCAUUGUUAUUUUUAUAGAUCCAAUUAUUAGAAGAAGUGAAAAUAUGGCUACGUCAGGAUGGUUUAUUGCAAUGCUGCUUGCUUUGUUAAUCCUUAUUGUCUUGUUGAUUGUUGUUUGUGUAGUGAAGCGUAAUCGAGGUGGGAAAUAUAUUGUUCAUGAAUCAGAGGCAACUCGUGGUCGACAUGACUAUCCUGAUGAACCUCAUUUCCAUGAGUAUUCACAACCGUAUGUGUACUACAAUUUUAAUUAUUAUUUUUCUUGUAUUAUAAAAAUAUUUAAUUAUUUAAUGAAUUCUUAGGCUUGGGAGUACUAAAAGAUUAGGUAGUGAAAAACCAUCCCCAGAAAGUGAUACAGAUUCAAUGGCAGAAUAUGGCGAAGGAGAUACCGGUAUUUUUUAAUUUUUAUAACAUCACAUAUUAUUAUGGUUUAUAACAACAUUUUCUCUCGUUUUGCCUAACCUGCACUUUAAAGUAUUAUUUCUCAAAUUAAGUAUUUUCUUUUGGUUCACAAUUUAUGCAAAAAAGUUGUUCCUUGUGUGCGCAUGUAUAAUAUUAGUUAUAUCAACAAAUGUUUACAUAUUAUAGUCUGUAGUUUUUUUGUUUAGUAACUUAAUUUUUUUAUCAUUAACAAGUAUUUAUUUUUGCUCCCCAAUAUUUAUUCUACCAAGAAAUAGUUCUGUUAGUUUUAUUCAAAUAAAAAUUGUCAACUAUUCCAAACGUGUUUUCAAAAAAAAAUAUACUGCACACGUUUUUAUGUUUAAUCAAUUGUUGAUUUCCUUGCAUGUUAGUUAUUAUUUUGUUUUCUCUUCCAUUUCACAUGUAGAAGGAAUGAAUGAAGAUGGCUCUUUCAUUGGCUUAUAUGGUAAAAAAAGACAAGGCGAAACCACGUCGGCCGGUUUCGCCACACUUGUCUAAAUGUGUGAGUACAUAACCACUAAACAAAAUACAUUUUUAGAAUAAGUAUUAUUUUUAUAUUUAUUAUACAGCUCAGUUUACCGAGGAUGGAUCUUUUAUUGGUCAAUAUGGCACAGCUAGAAAAAAUCGACAGCAGCAACCUACACCACAAUCUCCACUUCAAGCUGUCACUGGUUCAUCCUCCGCUGCCACAUUUGUAUAAUUCUCGACAAAUAUUUAUGAUACAUUUAUUCAUUCGCCUAGGUUAUACAUAAUAUUUUUUUAUGCAUUUUUUAACAAAUCUUCCCUGCCGUAAAACCAAAGCUUCUUAUGUCAGUAUUAUUAUUAACUAUUUGACCAAUAACGCUUAAAAUAAAUACCAUAGUUUUAAAAUUGCAGGCUGUGGUUGUCUUUUGUUGUAACUACUGGUUGUAUUUUUGUAACGUGUCUAUUAAUAUCAUAUUAGUAUUUCCUUGUCUGUGAUAAAACUUUAUUAAGUUCGUUAGAAAAAAAAAAUAAUAAUUUCAGUUGAAGAACAAGAAAUAUGUUUCAAUAUAUUAAAACAAUUAUGAUGCAUUUACAAAUAUAUUUUAAUUAACUUUGAAUUUCAUGUAAAUACUAAAAAUAUCAUAGACAUUACAACUUUCAAUUUAUCGUAUGCCACAAUCAUUUUUUUAAAUGGUUUGUUGGUUAUUGUUGUGAUUCAUUCUGUUAGUUUUAUAUAAAUAUGCACACUAUGCCUGAGCUUCAUCUAACACCUUUUUAAAUUUGUUAUGUUAUAAUAUAUAUAGAUUCUAAUAAUUUUAUAUGUUUAGUAUAUAUUAUAAUUAUUUUUAUUUUGUAAUCAGUAUUAAUCACAGUGUCGGGUUUAUAUAUAUAUAUAUUUUAUUUAUUUAUUUUUUUGGUCUCUAAAUCAAACUGUAAAUGAAACCAAAUUAUAAACUACAUCACAAUAAAGUAACAUGACAAUAUAUAUAUAUAUAUAUAUAUGCAUACUAAAAGAUAUACAUUUAUUUUAUUUUUAUAAACCACAAUUCAUUUUUUUAAUAUAGUUAUACUAACAGUAUAUAACAAUUUAAGAUAUAUUUUUGAUCAAAUUUAAUCAUCACCUUUCACUGCCCUUAUAGAAUACUCCUUGUUAUUAUAUUUAUAUGAACAAUUUUUAUAUAUAUAUAUAUAUUCAUAUUUAUGUAACGCAUGCAUUCCAUUAUUUCAAAUAGAUUUAGUUAAGUUCAUAUAUUAUAUUUUAAAUAAAAUUGUAUUUUUUUUAAUUAAUUUAUUAUUAUAUUAUAUCUUUAUAUAAUAUUAUAAUAUAUUACAUGUCCAAUCUACCUUAUAGAUAUAUUCAAUGACACUUAAUAUUUUAAUAAAUCACAUUUAGUAAAUUUAUAUAAAAUAAAAAAUUAUGCACCAGUAUUAGUAUGUUGCUAAUUUUUAGAUUUAGGGUUUAUAAUUUUUUUUUAUUUUUUGUAACAAAACUACCAUUGAUUGCCCAUAAUUUUAUUUAUGUUUUUUUAUUAUUUUUUUUUUUUUUUUUUUAAUCACCUAAAAUUGUUAUUUUAAGUUAAGACCAAUUUUACACACUUGCAGUAUUAAUCUAUUGUAUAAUUUUGUAUUUUUAAUAUAUUAGUAGUUCAUGCUGGAAUACCUUAUUAAAUGGCAAAGGUGUUGCAAAUGCAAUGUAUUUUUGUUGUGUAUAAUUUAUUUAUGAGAAAUAGUAAAAUAUGUGUAUUGAUAUAUUCCCAUUCAUUUUCUCGAAUAUUAUUUUUCCUGAAUUGUAUAUUUCCCAACCAAUAUAAAUCCCGAACAAAAAUUUCUUUAUAUAAAUUUAAAAGUUCCAACAAUUAAUUACAAUUACAUAAGUUAAAUUAAUUAUCAUUAAUUAUUUGGUAUAAGCCAUUACCUUUCAAAAAGUUCAAGCCACUGAGAAUCACAUGUCUAAUCUGCC